AGCGAUAAAAUUUACGAAUGUUACAUCUUCUGAUUAAAAGGAAGUUAGAGCACGAAAUACGAUAUAAAACGAAUAACUAAACAUAUUAUUCAUCAUGUCAUUUUAUUCUGCAGUAAAUAUUUGUAACAUGAAAAUGUUAAAUGGUUGAAUCAUAAGAUAUCAUUAAUUAACUUCCUGUUGAAAGUGUGCUCGUGAACGAUGUCUGACUUUUUAGCGCUCUGCGUUGUAUUUUUGUGUGCUGUUGGAAAGCUGUACGCAGUUGUAAGCACCAUUUCAGCUUGUGAUGGGGAGACAGUAAGUGGAAACGUCAUCAAUGUACAAUACAAGCCAUGUGAUGCAGACUGGAAUGGUGUGUGUAUCGUAGAGCCAACAUUCACUGGGGAUUUGAGGUUUACUUCUACUACAAACAAGUCCAACUGCCAUACGGAAGUCAACAUUUCUGAUACUAUUGAUCCGGAUACAACGUCCAUAAUGCCGUGUGGCAGAGGAACGUCCCUUUUGUUCAAUGUAAUCCCUACCACUGCACUUUACAUGUUAUCGAAAACCGUUAACUCUACUGCUGUAAAGCUUUAUCGGGAAAUUAGAAUUUUUCAAGAGAACAAAUCCGAUGAUACAAUAUCCGUUACGUGUGGAAAUACUACAUCAUUGUCAAUAACCACAUCGGAGAGAAGUACACGGACUUCUGGCCAAGAUCAACAUUCUCUGAGUACAGCAUCUGGUUUCUCCUUUAGUACGGAACACACCUUUGCGAGUACAACAGAUGACGUCUCCUCAAUACCAAUUCCAGUGGAUAGCCAACCUUCAAACAAGGAUUCGGAUCUCACCUACAUCAUCUCUGGAGUCUCAGGAUUCGUUGUUGUCUUGAUCAUAGUCAUCUGCAUUUUAAUUUAUUGUCACACAAAACGGAAACAUUUAAAAACAGACGGAAAAGUAGAUGAAUACUCUGUCGCAUAUAACCCUAACAAUACAGGAUAUCUUGAUGAACUUCCGGAUAAUCCUUUAUAUCAUUCAAACCUGCCAUUUGAUGAGGUUGAAUAUUCCACAGUAAAUGACCAACGGCCAGAUCCUUCAUCCAAAAGACAGACGGAAGAGGUGGAAGAAGUGACAAAGGACGACACCAACGAUGUUUAUGCUAAACCAAACAAAUGUUUACAUGGAAGCAUAGUUAACAACCAAUCUAAUGCCGUCACUGUUUCCGCCGAGAAUCAGAGUUUGUCUGACGAUCUCAAUGACGAAAUUGUUUAUGCACAAGUUAACAAGGAAGCCAAAGCAUAGAGGAGGGUGUAAUUUUAACGCUGUACUCGAAAUCCUGUGUUUCAUUUGUGUCAUUGAUAUGUGUGAAAUAUGACUACUUUAUGUAGAGAAUACAAGUACGUUACUGGAUAGAAGGUACAUAAGUAACGAUUCAUCAUACUGAAAAGAUGAUGAUGAUAUGACAACGAUGAUCACUAUAAUGCUAAUGUUGACAACAAUGAUAAUGAUUGUGAUGAUGAUGAUGAUGAUGAUGAUGAUGAAAUAUCAAACAUAUCUAAAAAUAUUUCUGUACUGCUGUUCAAAAUCAAAUACAGCUUUGAUUUAAACUAUUUUUAUUUAAAAACUCUCCCAUUUUGUCCAAAUUAUUUGUCUUCCAUGAUUUAAUUAUAUCAAAAAAUUAUGCUAUAUAUGUGUUUGUGGAUAUAAAGAACAUUGAAUAAUUAUGGAGUGCUAUGGAGAAAAAUCUGAAACCAAUACUUUAAAAAUAAGACAAUCAGGAAUCCAUCGCAUUUCUAAAACUUCAAACAUGGUUUCAUAUGAAGUUUUAGAUCCGACUACAUUCUCCAACCAUUUGAAAAAUUUGCUUGUAGAACACAUUCAUCCUGUUUCAGUGUUGCUAUAUUUAUGCAUGAAAAGGGUUUAUUGAUAAGCGACUGUGGUGAAUGUGAAGUACUAAGUGGUAUAAAGUUUUAGAUCCGACUACAUUCUCCAACCAUUUGAAAAGUUUCCUUGUAGAACACAUUCAUCCUGUUUCAGUGUUGCUAUAUUUAUGCAUGAAAAGGGUUUAUUGAUAAGCGACUGUGGUGAAUGUGAAGUACUAAGUGGUAUAAAGUUUUAGAUCCGACUACAUUCUCCAACCAUUUGAAAAGUUUGCUUGUAGAACACAUUCAUCCUGUUUCAGUUUUGCUAUAUUUAUGCAUGAAAAGGGUUUAUUGAUAAGCGACUGUGGUGAAUGUGAAGUACUAAGUGGUAUAAAGAUACACACAUUAAUGAUUCAUCAUCAAUUAACACAUUGUAAAAGUGUUGUACAAUUUUCUCCCGGCGCAUGUUAUGUUUAUGCAUGAAAAUGGUUUAUAGAUGAUAGACCACUGACUAUCUAGUUUUGCUACAUGUAAUUGUGAUUUUCCUUUUAAAAUCUGGUUUAAUGUAUACAAGUUCAUAAUUAAAAAAAUGUUUUACUUCAGGAAGAUCAUUUUCACACAGGGUCAUACUUUUAAACUAUGACGCAUAUUUCCUUUUUUAGUAUUGUCGGGAAAAUUGGUUCCUACAUCUAUCAUAUGUGGCGUGUGUUUGCUUUAUUUUGUUAUGUGUAGCCCUCACUCAUUUUACAAUUAUAAAUCAACUCUUCUA